GAGGUGGCUGCUGUUGGCCUGGUGCUUGUGCUUUGCCCCUUGAGUGCAAACUCGGGACAGCCUGUGCUAACCGGAGGCCCUUCUGUCUUGGGUAUGCAUGUCCGGUCGCUGUCUCAUUGGGCCCCAGCCAACAUCGGACCAUAUAGUCAGGCGAUCUCGGUCCGAUUGGAUCGCAAGGGUGAUUUGAACGACGAUUAUGCUCAAGAACAGGUAUCGACAAUUAUCACAUUCUACUCCGGCCAGAUUGGCCUUGUGCCUGAGACAAUGGCGUUAGUUUGUCGGUAUCCGGUUGGUCCCGAUAUAGAUGGUCAGUGUUGGCUUGCUUUGAGACAUUGCCAUCGCUUGAUCAAGCCUGUUCCGCACGCCAGUUCUACUCAGUCGAUCAAGCUUGUCGUGAAUGGACAAGUGCUUGUCUAA